AUAAUUUUCUGUGACGUGUUUUGUACGCGUCAAAUGUGUUCUUUUGUUUGAAAAGAGAUAACAAUUGGUUAGCUCUCAAGUCAUGUGUCGGCGGUGUGCCCUGACCUUACCACAACAUUAGCAACUAGAGAGCGAAUUUAGCAUAGAUUUUGUCGGCUUCAACUCGACCGAACCUGCUGUUGUUGUCUUCACCAACAUGGCCAAAAUCGAUAUUAUGGCUAUUCUUCGACAAUACGUGAAGAGCAAAAUGGAGGAAGAGGCUAGAAAGGAAAGCGAAAGGUGGGAGAGAGAAGAAAAAGAGAGACAGGAAGCCCUUCGAAGACGCCUAGAAGAUACCAAAGGCAUAGGAGAGGAAAAAACUGGACAAAACAGAGCAGUUACAGGAUCGGAACACGCCCAGAGAGAUGCCGAGGAAGCUGAAAAGGUGAAAAUGGACAGUAAACGUCAAGCAAACAGUGAUUCAUCAAAGGAUACAAAACCGUCAUCGCCACAAUCACCAAAACGCGCCCUAACCGCGGCUGAACGACGCGCCCUCGAGGCAGAGAAGCGCGCGGCCUUGAGACAACAGCGCAUGCGUGAACUCGAAGAAGACGCCAUGAAGGCGCAAGUGGUCAUUGCGCAAGUCAAGGCAAUGUCAGCCACGUCGCUCGAGGCACUUGCGAUCAAUUCCCCAGAUGGCGACAGAAAAUCCAGCGCUUCCGAUAAUGAACUUCACGACGGCAGCUCCGCGGGGGGGCCGGGACGAAGAUCUAGUGGUUCUUCGACAAAAUCAACGUAACGUGGCUAUCGAUUUGUAAUAGAGAAUUGUUAUGCGAGUAUAAAAUGGAUCAAGGAAGAGCGUGAUGGAGAGUAGACUGGGGACUAGCCGGCCGAAAAGGUGCGAGGAGUCUGGGGACAGUUCUGCUUUCUGUCCGUUACAAGCCAGAAUGAUAUGUUAGUGGGACAUUUGAAGACUCUCGAAUUUGAAUAUUUUAUUCCUGUGAAUUCGUAACUUUUUUUUUGUUGUUUUUAAGUAUUGACAGUUUUAAACGAAUGGCACCGAUGCAUUUGGAUUCGUUUUUAAUUGUCCUUUUUCUCCUGAGUUUGAAAAUGUGUCUUUUCAAAUUGAAAAGAAGCUGCUGAUUGUAAAUUUCUCCAGGAUUUUUUUCGUUUCCAGCACAAAAAGAACAGCAACCAAAUAAUUGCUGAUUUUUUUUAGAGUUAAAUAAGUUUUUAGGUUUUUAAUAAGGGCGAGUUCUUAUGAGUUAUUAAGAUUAUUAAAUAUUGGGAUUGUUGUAAUUUCAUUUUAUUUUAUCUGUAAAUCAUUAUUAAACGUAGAUAAAGUUUUCAGAAAAAAAGGAACGUGGUCGCCGAGUGCUAUGCCUGAAAAGAAAUUUAUUAUUUUAAUUUUAACUAGUUAAGUCCGUUGCAUACAUUUUUAACGUUAGAUUUUUAGCUUAAACUUUCGAUUCCAAAUCCAUUAGUGAUGUUGUUAAUCGAAUAUAUUUUUACUUUUUAAAGGAGAUGAGUGUUAAAACCAAGCUGACAGGGUUUCUUAGUUCUUUAUUGUACCAGAUCUUGUUUUCUUUCCUUGUGAAGAGACACUGUCAUCUCCUUGUAGCAUGAGACCUUUCAUUUUGUCGCGCAGUACUCCACAAAUAACAUUUGUCAUUAGCAGUAGAGGAUGGCGAGCUGACAGUGCCACCUUAAAAUGUUGAGCACAAUUUCUACGGACGUGAUGUAUCUAUUAUCCGUGAUCUUGUUGACUUAACUCCGCAUAGUAAAACAUGACCGAGUGAAAACUGUUGAAGAGAAGACACCAAGUUUUUAGUGAUAUUGUGAUAGUAAUGCUGCCUUGUUAUUUAUUUCUGUCUUGCUCUUGUUACAGGGUCAUUUCUAAGAAAAGGCGUCUCGUCCGAUAGAAAGCGUGCUAUUCCUGCAGUACUAUACAAAGGCUGGUCACGCAAUGAUCCUCGAAGGCAUUGCGCGACGGCAUUGCGUGACCAUCCAAGAUGGAUUUCGUGACAUAUCCAAAGCUUUCAUUAUUUUAAACCGUUAUUAAAGAAAUUUAUUUGAUUACUUACAGAAAUCUUGGAACUGCGAUUUCUGACUUAUUAUUUCUUUAGAAAAUCAAAAUUUAACUUAUCAUUAAAUCGUAGAUCGAUGUAGAUAGGUAUUUUGUCUUCUUGUACAGAAAUAACUUAACCCUAAAGCCCUGAUUCAAUUUUCAAAUUCUCCUUAAAUGGCACUCAUACGCUUAUCCUAGUUCUACGAAGGAGAAUUUAAUUGAAGAUAUGUCAAGAAAAUUUCCUGACAUGAUCGAGUUAAAUUACGUUUUGAUUAUUAUUUGGGCUUAUGAAGGUUAAGGUACUGUCAUAAAACCCGCUUGAUACAAGAGUGAGAUGUAACUUUUUAUCAGCUCCUUGUAUGUUAGUGAUAUUUCUAAUCAGGGUUAAGUAACCCCGUUUCCAGGCCCUUGUUGAAUUUGAAGCCGAGAAGUGCCUGGACACGAUGUUGACUGUUAUAAUUAAUCGAUGUACUGUCUGUAAGUAAAAAGGCGCUACCAGAGUUUUAUAAAUAAUACAGACGAUUUAACACUGUCUUA